AUGGCGGGGCUUUUCGCGCGACUUUUCCCGCCCGUGGUGGGGCGGGUUCAGCGGCUGUACUCGGCCUCGCCCUGGCGCCGCGCGGCGGUGGUUCGCGAGGCCGUCGCGCAGUUCCUCCAGCAGAUGAUCCACCUCCUGCCCGGGGAGCACUUGAUUGGGUUGUGCGAGGACUACACCGCCUGCAGUUUGCGCGCGAUGGAGACGGUGCAGGAGCUGGGGAAGUUGGUGCGGCUUCUGGACCAGCUGGUGAACAAAAUCGGCGCGCGAGGGGUCGCCGCGAGCGCGCGGGUGCUGCCGAUGGUGUGGGAUAAAAUCCUCUCCGCCGGCGCCCUCAGCGCGGGGUCGCCGGUGGUGCAAAUGGGGGUCGUCAGCGAGAGCGCCCGCGAGACGAUCGAGGUCUACCGCCACUUCUUUCACUUGUUGUGUAGUAUCGGCAGCUGGGGCUGCGCGCCGGCGCUGCUGUUGCUGCCGCCGCCUUAUUUAGACUCGAUGCUCGCCCAGCUGUCGUGCGCGAUUUUGGCCCCGGCCGAGGUGGAGCUGCCGAAAUUCGCCCUGCAGGCGCUCGCCCGGCUAAGCCAGGAGCUCCUCGCGGGCCCGGGCGUGGAGGGGCUUUCGCUCGACCCCGACGCCGCCGCGACGUUUGCGGCGAACCGGCGGUACUUUCGGGCGUGUUUGCUCGAGCGCGUCCUGCCCGCCACCCUGCAGGCGGUUCUCCGCCCGGGCUUCAACCUCGGCGAUGCGAAGAACUUCAUCCUGAUCGGCGAGGUCGGGCAGUUCCUCAAGGCGCUCUGCGCCGAGCCCUUCGGCGAGGACGCCACUGCGCUCUCCGAUGCCGCCCUGCAGGCGAUUUAUAAGGGACUCAAAGGGCACUGCCAGGCCAGCCCCAUCAAAAAUGGCUUCUCAAGCGCGGGGCCCCCUACGGAGGAUCCUAUCAUGGCGUUUUGUAUUCUUUUACGGGAAAAACCCCGGUUUAACUCCGCGCUUAAACAUCAACUGCGCACGUUGUUAGCGGCAGGGCAGCAGGCGGCGUUUUAA